GUAACGUUUCGCACAGGAAAGAGAGGCUGCGCAUUGUGCAUGCUCCUGGUGUGUGAGUAUAAAUACUCUAGUGCCGGUGGCUCUGUUGCCUGUGUGUUAUGUUCAGCAUAUGCGUCUGCAUUUGAACUCGGUUUAUCAGAUAAAAAGCGAGGCUGCAGCGUGCUCGAGCUCGCGUGUGUUGAUGAGCGCGGGUGUGUUUCGGUGUGUCGAUGUGGAUCGAGGCUAAGCGCUGGGAAUGUGAUAAAACGAUCAAGAGCUGAAGCUGUGUGUUUAAACCACAUCCAUCGAUGGACGGUCGUGACUCGACGUCCCACACCAAAGGUGUGUCAUCAGCCUCCAGCGGCCAACAGGAGGAUGGUGGGAUGUGAUUGACAGGCUGAUCCUAUGGCAGAGCAGCAGCGAGACACAGGUCCCUUAGUGUGAAUCUACCAUGGACCCUGUGCUCUGUCAGAUGCUGGUCCUGGGAAUGGCUGCAAUGAUGGCCCAUGCGUGCCCCAAAUACUGCACGUGCCAGAACCUCUCUGAGUCACUGGGGACCCUGUGCCCGGCCAAAGGCCUGCUCUUCGUGCCACCUGAUAUAGAUCGCAGCACUGUGGAGCUCCGGUUGGGGGGAAACUAUAUCCUGCAAAUCACACAACAGGACUUUGCCAACAUGACAGACUUGGUGGACCUUACGCUCUCCCGCAACACAAUAAGCUACAUUCAGCCCUUUUCCUUCGGGGACCUGGAGACCCUCCGUUCUCUACAUAUGGAUAACAACCGUUUGGUGGAGUUGGGCCCCAAUGACCUGCGAGGGCUGGUCAGUCUGCAGCAUCUCAUCCUCAAUAACAACCAGCUGGGUCGCAUCUCCGAGAAGGCGUUUGAAGACCUGGUGGCAUCGCUGGAGGAUCUGGACUUGUCCUACAACAACCUUCAGGCUCUGCCCUGGCAUUCAGUCCGGCAGAUGAUCAACCUGCACCAGCUGAGUCUGGACCACAAUUUGCUGGACUACAUCCCUGAGGGGACCUUUGUGGAUCUGGAGAGGCUGGCCCGCUUGGACCUGACCUCCAAUCGGCUCCAGAAGCUUCCGCCGGAUCCCAUCUUUGCCCGAGCACAGGAUUCUGAGGCAAUCACCACACCGUUCGCCCCUCAGCUCUCACUCAGCAUAGGAGGAAACCCGCUUCACUGCAACUGCGAGUUGCUUUGGUUCCGGCGUCUGGAGCGAGAUGAUGAUCUGGAGACUUGUGCCUCACCUCCUGGCUUGAAGGGCCGCUACUUCUGGAAUGUUCGGGAGGAUGAGUUUUUGUGUGAGCAGCCUCUGAUUACUCAGCACACCCACCGCAUGCUGGUUCUGGAGGGGCAGACCGCCAGUCUACGGUGUGAAGCCAUUGGAGAUCCCACCCCAACCAUACACUGGGUGACCCCUGACGAUCGACUGCUCGGGAACUCCUCUCGCACUGUGGUGAACCGCAACGGGACCCUGGAGAUCCUGAUCACCACUUCCAAGGACUACGGGACCUUCACUUGCAUUGCAGCCAACCUGGCUGGUGAAUCAACUGCUUCAGUGGAGCUGUCAAUUAUCCAGCUGCCCCACAUAAGCAAUGGCACAGGUCAGGCGUUGCAACCCAAGUCCCGCCUGUCGGACAUUACCGGCAGCUCCAGGACCGGUAAAGGCACUCCCAAAGGCCAGCUAGAGAAAGAAGUGGCUGUGUCUGAGGUGACCGCCGUGUCUGCCUUGGUCAGUUGGUCCGUCAGCAAGACCGCUCCCAAAGUGAAAAUGUACCAACUACAGUACAACUGCUCAGAUGAUGAAGUGCUUAUCUACAGGAUGAUUCCUCCCUCCAGUAAGGCCUUCCACAUCACCAACCUGGUCUCUGGGACUCUGUAUGACCUGUGUGUGCUGGCCGCCUGGGACGACUCGGCCACCACGCUCACUGCCACUAACGUGGUGGGCUGCAUGCAAUUCUACACCCGCAACGAGUACCCGCAGUGCCAGUCUUUGCAUGGGCAGCUGCUGGGCGGCACCAUGAUCCUGGUGGUGGGCGGCGUGAUCGUGGCCACACUGCUGGUGUUUAUCGUCAUCCUGAUGGUGCGCUACAAGGCAGGGGAUGGCAGAGGGGGCGGUGAAACCCCCGCCAGCAAGCUGAGCAACGUCAGUGAGACGUACUCUCAGACCAAUGGAGGGAGACCGGGGCAGGACGGACUGCCUCUGCUGGUGCCCAAAGUCAGCAUGCAGGAUGAAUCUGUCGAAUUCAAGUGUGGCUCGCUCCAGAACAGCAUGUCCUCUUCCUCCUCCUCUUCAGCAGAUCCCACAUCCUACAGCCCCAACAGUGCCCUCGCCAGCAUCUGGAAGUGCGCGCCUCCCAAACCCCGCACCAACUUAGACCAGCUUCUAGGGGCCUUAACGUCGCUGGAGCUUCGGGGCCAGACCAAGGAGCCACGACCGCCUGAGUGCCCAGUAAGUUCGGCUGCUGCUUCGGCCCCAGUGGGCCCGACUGACAAGGAGCCUCUGUUGGGCCGGACGCUGGACUCGCGGCUUAGCAAGCUGCUCAUGGUGCCUAUGGACUCCAAACCCAAGAGGAGCCACUCGUUCGACAUGGGCAACUUCACAGUGUCCACAGCGCAGCAGCUGUGCUCGUACCCGUGCAGGAUCAGCAGCCUCUGGACUAAACGCAGCCUGUCGGUGAACGGCAUGCUGCUGCAGUGCGACGAGGACAGGGACAGCUGCGGGAGCAAAGGCACCAUCGAGAGCUCUGAGUGGGUUAUGGAGAGUACUGUUUAGGGGCCGGGAUGUACGAGAAGAAAGACAAUAUAAACCCCAUCAUUCAUGACUCUGAAUAUGUUUCUUAUUAUUGCUAUUCGUCUUGCAUAUCCAGAACAGACGCACCAUUCAGGGGGUGAAUUCACAAAAUGGUUGCACCACUUCUAAACCUGUCAAAUCUUUCUAUUGACACUUGGUUUUUAGCAAAGUUAAAGUAGUCUCAUUGUAGCUUGCGCCUUAAACCCAAAAUAUACUAUGGUUUUUAUACACAUGUGAGGGUCGGCAUACAGUGCGGGAAGCCAAAUUUCAUUACAUGCACUGUACAUGCACCAUCCGAUUUGUUUUGCAGUAAUCAGUUGUUCCACAAGGUGGCAACACUGUCUCGGGCCAUUGUUUCACUGUAGACAACGAAACGAAAUAAACUGAACAAAAAGUCUGCAGCAACAAAGAGACGCUCACAUUGACAAGCACUUGUGAGCGAGAGGGUAUGAGAUUAUCACAGAUUUGGUUUAAAAGAGUUCAAAAAAUAUUCGUUAUCAUCCAUAAUUUCUGGGGAAAACACAUGUCGACCGCCCCCAUUUCACGCACAACAUCAAAUAGAGUAUACUUUGAAAGGCUAUGCAUUCAACUGUACGGAUAUGCUACCAUACGCAUACAAUAAGAAGUACGGUUUACUUGGAGCUUUAAGGUCCUGACACACCAACAUUGGGCCUUUGUCAGUCAGCUUAGUUUUUGUAGUGCGUUGAACUGGUGUCCGUCCGCAUUGGUGCCGUCAGUGAGAGACAGAACUCUGGUUGGCUGUUCAGCUUGGUGAAAAGAGAGUAGCCAAGAAAAAAAAACAGAAAGUGAUCAAAGCAAGCAAAGAAUGGUUUGUAGCCAGUCCUAGUUUCGGUUUCCCUUUUUGAAUGACAAAUAUAUUCCAUUGAUUCCUGCUGGUACAGUUAUUUCCUCACGCAAACACAGACUGUACCUGCUAGUUGGCCAUUGGCUAUAGUCUUUGCAGUGUGUUCAAGCCCAAUAUUUUAGCCCAGACCAACACGACAGCCAGCUUUAGUCACCACUAGUUCUUUGACGUUGAUUUGGUGUGUCACGGCCUUUACUUGAUCUGCACAAAUCCUAAACCUGCGCAGGCGACGUGCCGGUGGUUGUAAUUCAUUCCUAGUGAAUCCCCCCCAGUCUGCUGUGCUGACUCAUUGGUGUGAGACGUGUGUGUGUGUGUGUGUGUGUGUCAUCUUUAUGUCUUAUUAGUGUCUGAAUCGGACAGGUUGGAAUGAAUGGGGGAUAAACUCUUGUACUACUGCGGUUUUCCAAAGCUGGUUUGGGAACUGAAGCACAUAGACAGAGGAAAUUGUAGCAAAGUGCCAUGCCAGCAGUUUCCCUGAAGAGCAGCAUAAAGACUCUGUGAAUAUCUUCAUGUGCAACACUGUUUAUAUGUGUGAUGAAUUUUAAAAGUUAUAUAUUUUUUAUCUUGUUGGUCAAACGUGCUUCUUUCCUGAUGAAAGAGAAUUCCUGAACUUUCACAGCAUUUAUCUCACUCCCUUCAACUUCUCGUUUAAACAUUUUUGAGAAAUCAUGUGUAUGGUUUCAACGAAUCCUCAGAUAUUUGAAGCCGGCUGUUUACGUGUGAUGCUUUUCUAUAUUCCUGUAUUUACUAAGGUGAUGGAAAGACAUGAGACAUUAAUAAUGAAAAACGGCUGCGUGAAGAUACUUGAAACGUGUCUGUUGUGUUAUUUUAAGUCACUUAAUAGGAUAAACCUACUUUAUUUUGUGUGAUUUAAAACACAAGGCUAGUCCAGUGGUUCUCACACAGGGGCCCAGAGUCCACUCAGGGGCCUCCACUAACUUUCAAGGGGGCAUGGGAUGAUGUAAAAAAAAAAAAAA